AUGGCUUCUGGAAAUCGUUCCUUCAUGACAGAAUUCACUCUAUUGGGAUUAACAGAUCAACCAUAUCUUCAACUUCCCCUGUUCUUCCUGUUUCUAGUAAUGUAUAUAUUCACUGCAUUGGGAAACUUGGGUAUGAUGAUUUUAAUUGGGCUGAAUUCAAACCUACACACCCCAAUGUACUUUUUCCUUUUUAAUUUGUCCUUCAUAGAUUUCUUUUAUUCAUCUGUUUUUACACCCAAAAUGCUAGUUAACUUCAUAUCUAAGGAGAAUAUUAUCUCCUACAUGGGGUGCAUGACACAGCUUUACUUUUUCUGCUUUUUUGGUAUUUCUGAAUGCUAUGUGCUGACAUCAAUGGCCUAUGAUCGCUAUGUGGCCAUCCGUAAACCACUUUUGUAUAGCGUUGUCAUGUCCCAUAAAGUGUGUUCCAGCCUUAUGCUUGGUUCAUACUUGAUGGCAUUUUCUGGUGCCAUGGCCCACAUUGGAUGUAUGCUGACACUGACGUUCUGUGAUGCAAAUACCAUCAACCAUUAUUUCUGUGACAUCUUCCCUCUGCUCCAGCUCUCGUGCACGAGCACCUACGUCAAUGAGCUGGAAGUUUUCAUUGUGGUGGGCAUCAAUGUCAUUGUGCCCAGUGUCACCAUUUUUGUCUCUUAUGGUUUCAUCCUCUCCAGCAUCCUUCACAUCAGUUCCACAGAGGGCAGGUCCAAAGCAUUCGGUACCUGCAGUUCCCACAUAAUUGCCAUUUCUAUCUUCUUUGGAUCAGGUGCAUUUAUGUAUCUCAAGCCAUCUUCUGCUGCAUCUAUGAAUGAAGGAAAAAUAUCUUCUGUCUUUUAUACCAAUACGGUUCCCUUGAUGAAUCCGUUAAUUUAUAGCCUGAGAAAUAAAGAUGUUAAACUUGCUCUGAGAAAGACUCAGGAUAAAGUUUUGAUCAGAUUCAGUAUCUGUCUUUGCACGUAG